AUGGCACACACCAUCCUGCACCUUCGUUCGGAGGACAAACCCCAAGAACACCGCAGUGCUCUCACCCCCACCACAGCCAAGGCUCUCAUCGAUGCCGGCUACACCGUCAACGUCGAGAAGAGCCCCGUCCGCAUCUUUGACGACGCCGAGUUCGAGAAGAUUGGCGCCACUCUGGUGCCCACCGGCAGCUGGCGCGACGUCCCUGCCGACCACAUCAUCGUCGGUCUGAAGGAGCUGCCCGAAGAAGCUUUCCCCCUCAAGCAUGUGCAUGUGUCCUUUGCCCAUUGCUUCAAGAACCAGGGCGGUUGGGAAACCGUCCUGGCCCGCUUCCCCCGUGGCGGCGGCACCCUCCUCGACCUCGAGUUCCUGAACGACCCCGUCAGCGGCCGCCGCGUGGCCGCCUUUGGCUACUCGGCCGGCUUCAGCGGCAGCGCCCUGGCGCUCAAGAACUGGGCCUGGCAGCUCACCCACCCCGGCGAGCCUCUGCCCUCGGUCGAGAGCUACCCGAACGAGGACACGCUAGUCGACGACAUCAAGAAGGAGCUGGCCGAGGGCCAGAAGAAGGCCGGCCGCCUGCCGCGCGUCAUCGUCAUUGGCGCCCUGGGACGAUGCGGCCGCGGUGCCGUGGACAUGGCCCUCAAGGCCGGCGUGCCCGAGAACCAGAUCCUCAAGUGGGACAUGGCCGAGACGGCCGCCGGCGGCCCGUUCAAGGAGAUCGUCGAGAGCGACAUCUUCAUCAAUUGCAUUUACCUGACUUCCAAGAUCCAGCCCUUCGUGGACGUGGACUCGCUCAAGACUCCUGGUCGCCAAUUGAGCGUUGUAUGCGAUGUCUCGGCUGACACCACCAACCCCAAUAACCCUGUCCCCAUCUACACCAUUGCCACGACCUUCAAGAAGCCCACCGUGCCCGUUGACGGUCUGGAGGGCGCUCCCCUCAGCGUGAUCAGCAUCGACCACCUGCCCAGCCUGCUGCCGAGAGAAUCGUCAGAGGCCUUCAGCGGCGACCUCCUGCCGUAUCUCCUCAAGCUCAACGACUGGCAAAACGACCCGGUCUGGGCUGGCGCCAAGAAGCUGUUUGACGAGAAGGUUGCCACCCUGCCCAAGGAGGCGCUGAACCCGUAG